AUGUCCUGGAGGCGUGUGGAGCUGUGGGUGCUGUGGGCGCUGCUGCUGCCAGGCUUCCUCUUCACAGAAACAGAUUCUACUCAUGACAUGAUGGUGGGUUCUGAUCGGACCGCAGGACCUUUGGAUUUAGACCAUGUGUGGUUCAGACAACACUCGGUUCUGACCCGGAGGAAGAGGAGCGUCCUGUUCCCCAGCGGAGUGGCGCUCUGCUCUCAGGAGACGAUGGACCAGGCUGUGGAGAACCACCUGAACUUCUUCCACCUCAGAGUGUGUCAGGAGACUGUGUGGGAGGCCUUCAAGAUCUUCUGGGACCGUCUACCAGAGCGGGACCAGUACCAGAGCCUGGUGAAUCGCUGUAUCAAUGGAUCUGUCAGCAUCAAAGACAUCGGCAGCUUUUUCAGCCAAUCAGAGGAACACAGAAGCCUCAUCAGAAGUAGAGUUGCCUUGGCUGCUGAGAGGAACAGGUCUGAAGAAAAACCUGCCCAAACCAGAGACUCUUUGAUGGACUCUCUGCCUGAAGACCUCACUGGAACAAAAACCAUCAACAUUAUUAACGAGAUGCUUCCUCCUGGUUUUGGAUUGAUGCCUGAAGAUUCACUUCAGGAGACAGCUACAACAUCUUCAAUUAAGAUUCCUGUGGAUUUAACCUCUGACCUCUCUGCUGACGCCAUGCCAGAAGACUCUAAUGAUAUCCAGGAAAAUCGAGGCAAAGUUACUUCACAAGAUCUAGCUGAGGUCACCAGUAAAACUGAGGUUUUAAAUGUUAGAGUCAUUGCUGAGGAGACUAUAGAGACAACCUCGACGGUUGUUCUUGUUGAUGGAAUGAAUCAGGAGACCAGUAGAGACAAAAUGGUUCCAGACAAAACAAAGGAAAAAGUUGUUGUGGAAAUUAUUCCCAAAGAUUUAAAAGACAUUGGAGUGGUUAGCCCAGAAGAUGAGGAGCCAUCAUCAGAGGUUGUAGCUCCAGAAGGCCCCAUAGAAGCUACUGUUGUGAUUCAUCAAGAACCCACCUUAAUACCUUAUAUUGAAACAUUAACUUUGCUGGAAUCAAAAUAUGAGGAACCUCUAGAGGUAACCUCAUACAUUCCUGCAGAAGUUGUGUUAGAACAUUCUCCUGACACAACUACCAAGGGUCUUUUGAUGUCAGAAGGUGAAGAAGACCUUGACAAUUCUUUAGAAACCAUCCUUGUUACUUCAACUGUGAGGGAUUUAGAGGCCACCACUGAUAUACAAGAAUCCACUGGUGUAACGUUCCCUCACACACUUGAAACACCAUUUAUCCCAGAAUCUGAAGGUGUCAAUGUAACAUUACAGAUCAAAGCACCUUCGGAGGCAGCAGUAGAGGGUAACCAAGGUGGCACCAAGGUUGACACAGCUACAGUAUCGACUGUGUCCCUGAUAACACAUUCAGAACAAGAGGCUAAAAUUACUUUCAAUGAAAUUUCAAAACAAGAACUGGAAAUAGACGUUCCUUCUAAUGCCUCUAUUCUGACAGCUAUGGAAAGUCCAUCACUAAUGACUGAUGUUACUUCCAAACCUUUUUUGGUUUUGCAAGAUGACAAAGAUGAUGUAACUGAAGAUAAGCCAACAACAGCAACAAUUCAGAUUAAAGAAAUGGGAAAGCCGGGAGAGGAGGGAACAGUUCAGGUUGAACAGGAUGAAGUUUUUCUAAUUAUUAAAGAUAAAACAACUGAGGUGCAACCAGAAGAAAAAAAUCAUACACAAGAUAAAACUGUUGAAGCUACAGAAACUACAGACAAGCCAGUUAAAGAAGUAGAUACACAUGAAACACCAACAGACCCCAAUGAGCAAGAAGAAAACAUAAUUAAGGAAUCAGAACUCGAGGAACAGGCAGCAAAACUUACUGCAGCUGAUACAAAAGAACUAGAACCUGUAGAAAUGGCAACAAAAGUGACAGAACUUCCAGUAAAACUACCACCAGAAGCAGAACCUGUUGAAGGUAUGAUAGAAGAGCCCAAACACAUUGAGGAACCAGCGCAGGAAAUGGAACCUGAUGAACAAUCUAUUGAAAUAACAAAGCCCUCAAGAGAAUCCACAGCAGAUAGGGCUCUCAAAGAAGAAAUUAAAGAAAAGUUAUCAGAACCAACAAAAGAAGCAGAAAUUACAGAAGAAGAACCAAUAUCCCCUGUAGAAUCAUCACAAAAACCCAUAGGGAAACCAGCCCAAGAAACAGAACCUAUUAAAGAAUCAAAACAAGAAACAGAACCAACUAUAAGAUCUACUCAAGAAGUAGAAGCCGCAAAAGAAUCAACACAAGAAAAACAACCAAUUAUUAAACCAACACAAGAAGCAGAAAGUACUAAAGAAUCAA